AUUUUGGGGGGGACAAAUCCACCUGUUUCUAAUAUUGGGUGGGACAUGUGGGACACCCAAAGUGUGUUUAAAACACUAAUCUAUUACCAGAAACAUACAUUUUUAAAUGGUGCUGUGGAUCUGAUGUGCUGUAGGUUUAAAAUGAGGAUUCUGUUUUUUUUUUUUCAGAGAAAGAACUAGGGAAUAUGGAAGCAGAUUAUGGAAGUAGCAUGAUUGGCAGGUUUUGUCGACACUUUAGAAAACCGAAAAAGGACACCAUUUUGUGCUACGCAAAGAAACGCUUCCAGAAUAGCAAGUCUUUCUCCAGUGAGAACCCUGACGGCCUCUCCAUGGAUGCUGGACCUUCCUCCUGUGGGAAUUCUUCCUCCUCUUCCUCACAUCCAGACUGCAUAUGUCCUGCACUAAGCAGUCCCUCCUCCUCUUCCCAUUGCAUCUGCACUGCUCAGGGUUUGUCAGUGUGCUCUACGCGGACCCGCACAUAUGACGUGUGCGUGUGCCACAGUGAUGAAAACGUGGCCCAGGCUCACGCUUUAGUGACAUUUCUGGAGUCUCCAUCAAGAGGGCUCCGAUGUUUCUUGCGAAUGCGUGACUGUCCACUGGGAGGGGCUGUAUCCUCUGAACUAUGUAACGCUGUACAGUCCAGCCACUGCUCCGUCCUGCUUAUCAGUCCCAGCUUCCUGACAGACGACUGGUGCAUGUAUCAGAUGCAUCAGGCCUUAAGUGAAGGACCCAUGUCCCAGAGGAUCAUACCUGCUGUUCUGGACAUGCACAUCUCUGAAAUUCCACAUGAACUGCGCUUCUUAUACAUUGUGGACUUAAACAGGAACCAUGAAGCUGGCUACACUCGUGUGUACAGAGCAGUUCUUCAAUAUUUUAAGGAGAUACCUAUUUCUCACUCACAGAGCAGUGCAGAAGACUGUGGGAAGGAAAUCACUGUGAUGCAUUAUCAGGAAACUGCACAAAAUAUGGACCUGCAUGGGUUACGCUAGCAUUUUCUGCUUGCUUUUUUAUUUUGUUAUUUCUGAUUAACUGUUUUCCAUCACUGACUGGUUUAUUUUUCUGAUACUUGUGUAUUAAUAUAAAUAUUUCCAUCAUAAUAAAUGUCAAUUUCUGUGUGAGUCUGUAGGUAACCUCUGAAGCACACAGAGGAGCGGAGGGAGGAGGGGUUUAGUGUUGAUGUGUGAGUGGCAGACAUGCGGAUUGGACAUUAUGGAAAUACGGAACAAAACCUUAUUGGUUCAAUACGGGACGCAACAUUUAGUUGCUAAAUAAGGGAUGAUUUUGUAUUUUACGGGACGGGUGGCAACCCUAGCGGUGGUCCCUUCCUACUCACACUAACUCUCCUCUGCGCUCCGCAAAACCAGCAGGCUGAUUGGGUGUUUCUCCUGAAAGGCGGGACUUUAUCAGUGAACCGGCACCAUGAGGUUAGGAGCUUUCCCUUUCACCUGCGGUCAGCAGCCUGUCUCCUGGCUGCGUGGGGUAAAAUCCGUUUCCCGCCCAAAACGGGUAUGCCUUUACACAUACAAUUACUUAAGGUCCAAAGGGGCAGGUGCUCAAGCCCCCUUGAUUCAACCUUAAACCAUGUGGACACAGGCUCAGCCAUUAUUCAAAGGUGUGUUACCAUCUGAUAGAAUUUUAAAUGUGGUACAUCUAAGGCCCCUACAAAGCCAGGCCAUUUUCAAUUGCUCCAAAUAAAGGUGCUCAGCCACCCUUCAAGCACUUUAACAACAUUAUUGGACAAUAAAAUUGGGAUAAUUUUUUAAUGGGUAAAGAAGUUUGGGCAAAAAAUUCAUUAAGUGAGUGCAAUCCUUCCUAGCCAGGAAAGAGGUAGAGGGGCCCAGAGAUCUAGAUCUGAUUUUAUAGCCUCCGAAAGUGGAGGGUAAUUACCUUUUAAAAGUCUGAUCAAAAUGAGGUGUUACAUAACCCCCCAAGUAAACAAAGCCAGAAUGUGAGCAAUAAAAAGGAAAGGGCUGUAGUAGAUUUGGAACAGAUGUGAGAGGUCAGUGGAAUUGACUCAGAUUUCGUUAAAGUAAUUUUAUACCCAGAAAAAGAGCCAAAUACUGAGAUGGUUUGAAUCAGGCAGGGUAGAAGAACAGAAGAGGUACCGAGAGCGGAGUGUUUGAUCAGCUGGUGGCGCUGUGUCUCUGCAGGAUUUACUCAUCUCAGUCUGUCCCUCA